UAACCGGAGCCUAAUGAACAUGCACAAUAACCGUGUAGGAAGAAAGCUAGUAAAGUUACUGCUACGAACAGAAUGUAAGUGCCACGGCGUAAGUGGUUCCUGCGCGAUGAAAACUUGCUGGAAAAGUUUGCCUUCGUUUAAUGUUAUUGGCGAUGCCAUGAUGAAGAAAUAUCGCAAAGCCAAACUUGUUCAUGGUAUUAACAUUAGAAAUAAUCAACCGCAACUUGUGUUGAAACGAAAAGUGAACAAACCGCUGCUCAAAAAUGGGAAGACACUGGGUGACAGUCAAAUUCCAAAGAGAACUGAAUUGGUUUAUCUGGAGCCUUCGCCUAACUAUUGCGAGCGUAAUAUCAGUAUUGGAGUGCUCGAUACAGCCAAUCGAAAUUGCAACCGCACUUCGCAAUCCAUAGAUCAUUGUGAUCUACUGUGCUGUGGACGAGGCUACAACACCCAUCAGAUCGAAUGAACCUGGCAGUGUAAUUGUAAGUUUAAAUGGUGCUGCACGGUUACAUGCGAUGUAUGUUCAGAGCGAAAGGAAGCAUACACUUGUAAAUAAAAUAUGAUCAUAAUGUUCACUAAAUAAAUUCACUGUCUAUCGAUAGA